AUUGUGUUGUUAAGCUUGUAACUGCCCACGCACAGUUAUUAUAUGAUCACUUCUGUUAACUCAAAUAUUCAAUGUAUAAUCUUCUUAGAUUGAAAGAGCAUCUCCUGUGAAGCAGAGAUGUCACCGCCUCUGCCUCCAGACUGGCAUGUCUGUGAGAAGGCAGACCCCUUGGACGAGGAGAUAAACGUAAAGGUAUCAGUUACAGAAGUGGAACAUGGCAUCCACAAUCCGGUUGAGGAGUGCCAUCAUGCCAUGCUUAUCAACUUCCUGCAGAAGGUCACAAAGGAGCAAUGGAUGAUGCUGGAAGAUGGUGUUUUUGAUCAGUUGGGUCCAGAGCUUACACAAGUGUGCUCAAAGAUUGUACAGUUGGUCUCAGAUUCUGUCACAAAAUCAGUACUGCCAGGCCUCUACCAGAUUCUUGACAUUAAGAAAGAAGUGGAGACCCCAACACUGCCAUGGAAACCACGAGCGUCAUCGGUCUCGAGCUUGGACAUGUCCCGUGUCGUGACAGUCAGCCAGGCUGAGAUGGCCAGUGGCAGUGGACAGUCCAGCCCAAGGAAUCACGUCCAGACCUCAUCUCCUUCCUCUUCACAUGUGGACAAAAAGGACCAGGGACUGCAACACACCACCCAGCUGAAGCACAGGAGGAAGGACCUUACUGGAAAGAGCCGGAAGAACGGAAGCGGGGAAGCGCAUGUCUCAACGCCCUCCCUGAGGUCCCCAGCCCCUCAGUCAGAGGAGCAGUCAAGUGACUCGAACAGUUCUGACGCCCUAAAAAUCCUCCUUGGUGUCCCAGAGGACAGUCUUUUCAAGUCUCUCAAGGGAAACCUGCAGCAGUCCAUGAAAGAAAUUGCUGAUAAAUUAUACAUUAGAAGCCAUACUUCUGGCUUCCAGAAACCAAGUCCUGCCAUGAUGGAGGAGGCAGCAAAAAAAGUCAUUUCUAGUGUUUCACUGGUCUUUCAAAGCGCUUCCCCAAGUCAAACUCCUAUUCAGAGAUCAGGGAGAAGGGGAGAAUCACUCUCCAGUUUAACCAAAAACCGGAAAAAGAAGAAGAUUCCUACAACAAACAAACAAUCUUUUUCAGCUGUUCAUUUUGAGAGUGGAAACAAAGCUGGCCGAGAAAGCAGCUGCCUAACAAGAGACGUCAUGACAACCAUUUCUGACGUAAUUGUAGCCAGUGGUGAUAAAAGGGAUGUUAUUCUGCUCGAUUCCUUAUCUACAAAGUUAAAGAUUCUGGCUUCAAACUAUGACAAAGCAAAAGCCCUAGUGUCACAGAAUGUGGAUUCUCUGAAUAGAAGACGUACAAACAGUCAGUCAAGUAUCAGUGAAACUGGUUCAAUUUACAGGUCUCAGCCUAAACCCAUGAUGAAACUGUCGAGCCGGGAGUUUGAGCUAUCCGCAAAGAAAGCUGUGAGUGAGAUUCUAAUGAAAAAAGCGAGUGCUGUGCUGUUGUCUUCGCAAUCAGCCGAGUCUGUUGCUAAAUCUGCUCAUCGCGUAGAGGCAGCAGCAUCUGCUGUUGUUGAAACCUUUGUCGCCAGUAUGGAGCAUUUGAAAGAGUUUGCUAGGCACGAAAAGCCUCCGACUUGUGAGCACGCCGUGUGGUCUACCGUUUUUCAAGUCUUUAAACGAACGGAACACAAACUGAAGGCAUUCUUUUGUACGAGACCACCUACAUGCCAAAGUACAUGUAACGCUGCCGCUGAUGACCAGUCCACACCGCUAGAAAGUAGGGAAACCAGUCCUCUACCACCCCAGGCCAAAAUGGGAAUCAGAAGCAAAAGUAAUUCAGUGUUACAACAGAGUUCAGAAAAAGUCGCUAUUCCAGGAGGGCUUAGUGACCCCUCCAGGCCACUGUGGACACAGAAGAACCCACUGGAACAAAAGCUCCUAUUGACAACGUGCACAAAAGAGGUCAUUGCAGAGCUCCUACUUUUAUGUGACACAGACGGCUCAAACGAGGACCACUCCUCUGCUGAGGAGGGAAAAGCCUGGAACAAAUCUUGUGAAAGACAAGGUUUUGUAUGGGAAGUUCUCUCUCAGCUUGAGAAAAUCUCCCUCGGCAAACAUUCAUCAAUACACGAUGACCUGUCUGUUCCUGAUUGCGAUGCCCAGUUCCCCCCACACGCGACUCUCUCGAGCCACUCAGUUCAAUCGCUGUUCCGUGAGGACUUUCAGACAGCUGCCACACAAGCUGUGAGUGAACUCCUAGUCAAGUUCAACAACGUGACGAGCACACUUGCCGCAUUCAACUCUGACGCAAACCAAAUAGAUCAUAGCACCUUGACAAAGGACAGACAUGUCCUUUCCACACAAAAUGCGGAUGCUGUCGCCUCUGACAUAGUGGAGAUAUUUGUUGAGGACCUACAGAGAAUGGCACAGCCUACAGAAGGACUGCAGAGACAGAGCAGCGUACUAGAAAGUAUCCAAAAGCUUCAAAGCAGGAUUCGGUCUGCGACUGCCCUUCUCUACCAUGGUGUCCAGGAAAAAAUUAAGGAUUUCUCUCUCCCACAGCAGAGCCAGGGGGUGAGGACAGUUAGUGAAAGGGAACCUAACCUGCCGUGUUACACUGGUACAGUUCCUCUGCUUAUAGAGAACUCGGAACGUGGCUUUGGAUCAACCACGGCGAAAGAGAGAGCGCGACGGUUUGCCACCAAAACCAGAGAGGUCAUUUCAACCAUCCUUACCUCCUUUAAAGACAAACCAGCCACUGAUGCAUGCUCCUCCUCUUUGAGAAAAAGUCAAUCUGAUGAGUCCCUCGAGGUCACUCUGUUCGUGAGUGGCGUCCUCACUCAGCUGGAGGACAUGUCCCACUCGCCAAAGACAUCAUCUCCAUUUGAAGACUUCCUUCCAGAAGAUUCUCUUGAGACGGCUUUCGCAUCAAGGGAACAAGGGGACACCAUUCCCAUUGAAGACAUUGCAUGUUUCCUGUGUCUUUCUAGUGGGGGCCUUCAAAGACUUCAAAGCCCUGAAUUUCACACACAAGCUUUGGAGGAUGUUAGUGGACUCCUGAACGCAUCAACUUGGACAGCUAGGGAUGGGUGGACAGGGAGCGAAAACGACACCUUAAGCCCAGGUGGUGGCAAUAAAGACCUUGAUUACUCAACUGUGCACCCUAUUGGGCUAGACGUCGAUUGUCCCACCUCAUCAUUGCCAGUUGACACUGCCAGUGAGAUCAUCAAGAGCGUAGUGAACGACUUUGAAGAGCUCACCCAGCCAAUCGAAUCGUCGUACAGUCAUGGACCAACCACAGCUCAGGUAUCCGAGAGGCGGAUCUGGGAUGUUGCUUUCAAUAUGUACCACCACGUGCAGAGCAAAGUGAAGGAGUUUCUGAUCGUUCAGAGAUCAAACCAGUGCAUAACAGUAGAACCUAGGUCCAGCCAGCAGGAAGAAACAGCUCAUGGGUCCAUCCGCUUAAAUGACAGCAUAGCAUCAUCUCAAGCAGCUAGACUUUGCGAGCUGGAACACAAGCGAAUCAGGCGUAGAAGUACUGCCAAAGGUGCCUCCACAAAAUCAAGGCCAGAGCAGGAGAGGGUUUUGGUAAUACCUGGCACUGCUAUGCCUACUGGUUUAGUUCCUGUUGGCCGUCCCAUUAUCAGGAGCACCAUCAUUGAGGAAUCAUUUGGCACUGAGGACACGCUCCCAGGAAACCUCCUCAUUCAAGUCAGACAGGCCGCUAGUGCCAUAGCUGACGAGAUGGUGGAGAGUGUAAAGCCGACCAACAAGGAGGACGGGAGGGGUAUACCUCACCCGCGAUGCCUUCGCUAUGCCAUUCGAAAGCUCCAGAAGAUGAUGUCCGCGGAGGUCCUCCACGAUUUCACUCACAAAUUUUUGGAGAUUGUCGACGACCUCGUUCGAGAUGGCAAAGGCUCGUCGCACAUCUUUAAACUGGGCAAGAGGACUUUGGAUUCCACCCUCUUGUGGCUACAAUGGCGAGACAGGACCUGCACUGCGUCCAGUACAUUAUGCGCUCGGCUUCUCCCCAUUUUUGCGGAGGAAUCAUUGAAGAUGAUCUUGAGACAUUUCUGCAGGCAACUCUCCCAAAGAAGAUCACACAGGCUUAAUAAGAAGCCAUAUGCCUCUGAUCUUGAGGGACAAAGCACAUCUGCCUGCAGGGUCAUUCCUAUCAGAAUUGAUCCCAGUACGUCGUUGGAUUAUGACAACACACUCAAUCAGCUGUCCAAUGUGAUGAAAAGGGAAAUGAUGGACGCAAUCUCAAUAGGUUCAACUGACAUCGUGUCCAAUUCUAAAGCUUUCAACAGGACCUCUGUAUCCAGAACUAGCAUGGCUACGAGAAAGAUAGUUCAAGGAGUCUUAACUUUGGUUCAAUUGUCAAGCAGCGCAGAUAAUUUGAUCAACCACCGUGGACAAACUGGAGACUCGCUUACAUCCGUUUCCACAUCCUCUGAAGUGCUAAACAGAGAGGAUUAUCAGUCCUUGGUGCUCACGAUGUCUCUGAAACUGCUGGUGGAAAUAUGUCCACACGCAUCUGAGAGAGAGGAGAUGUCAAGAGACGUCACAAUGCUGGUGCUGUCAGAUUUCUACGCAGCAUCUGGCCUAUCGGGGACACACACCUACCCCCCCGAUCUGAAGAUUCACAGGAUCUUCCGAAAUGUUUAUAAGGAGCUUCUGCUCACGUUUGGAACCAACGAAGUGCUCAAGGUGGCUGUCAAUAUUCAGGAUCCUUAUUUUAUUAGCAUUAUGGCCAAAUCCUUGACAAAUGAGCUCCUAAACACAUGUGGCACAACACAAUCUCGAAAUGUCACUCAAGUGUCAUCACCUGGUGAUCCUAAAUCUGGAGAAGUGAAGAAUGAAACUCAUUCCACCGCCACGGCAAAGAAAACCAGGAAGCGGAGAUACUAUUCUAUUUUGAAGAAGUGGUUCAACCAAAAGCUGAAGUCCAGGGAAGAGGUUAAGAUGAACGAUCCUCAACAGAUCAUGGAGAGCCAGCAUCAGCCAGCCUCCUCAACUGCCACGGAGAGAGAUGGUGUGCCUUUCACUUCAGUCAAAGAAAAGACCAGAAAAUCUACUUUCUUCCCGCGAAUGGUUGGAGCCAUCACCAAGGCAUUUAGACUAUCCAGAAAAAACAACUCAUAAUUUCAUAUGAAUACAAUAUAUAUAACAAUAA